AUGGCCGAGUCCGCGUCCCCAAUUGGCAUUGCCAAUCUCCCCAACCAGAGGCACAAGAUUGUUGCCAAGCGUGGUGCUGCUUUCACCAUCAUGGUUGCUGGAGAGUCUGGCCUCGGAAAGACGACCUUCAUCAACACCCUCUUCUCCACCACCAUCAAGAACUAUGCCGACCACAAGCGACGACACCACAAGCAGAUGGACAAGACGGUCGAGAUUGAAAUUACAAAGGCAGAGCUUGAGGAGAAGUUCUUCAAGGUCCGACUCACCGUCAUCGACACGCCCGGAUUCGGCGACUACGUGAACAACCGCGACUCGUGGCAGCCCAUCAUCGAAUUCCUCGACGACCAGCACGAGUCGUACAUGCUCCAGGAGCAACAACCACGCCGUACCGACAAGAUCGACCUCCGUGUCCACGCCUGUCUCUACUUCAUCCGCCCCACGGGUCAUACGCUUAAGCCCCUCGACAUUGAGGUCAUGAAGAAGCUGUGCACACGCGUCAACCUGAUCCCCGUUGUCGCAAAGGCCGACACACUGAGCCCCACUGAUCUGGCCAGGUUCAAGAUGAGGGUACGCCAGGUGAUUGAUGCUCAGGGCAUCAAGAUCUACACUCCUCCGCUAGAGGACGACGAUGCUGCCGCCAUGCAGCACGCCCGCAGCCUCAUCGAUGCUAUGCCCUUCUCCGUCAUUGGCUCUGAGAAGGACGUGCAGACCAACGAUGGCCGCACAGUCAAGGGCCGACAAUACGCUUGGGGUGUUGCCGAAGUCGAGAACGAGGAGCACUGCGACUUCAAGAAGCUGCGCGCCAUCCUCAUCCGAACCCACAUGCUCGACCUGAUCCACACGACUGAGGAGAACCACUACGAGGCCUACCGCGCCGGCCAGAUGGAGACGAGGAAGUUUGGCGAGGCACGCCCAAGGAAGCUGGACAACCCCAAAUUCAAGGAAGAGGAGGAGGCGUUGCGCAAGCGCUUUACCGAGCAGGUCAAGGUGGAGGAGCAGCGCUUCAGGCAAUGGGAACAGAAGCUUAUUGCCGAGCGCGACCGCCUCAACAAGGACCUCGAGGCCAGCCACGCGGAGAUCAAGCGUCUGGAGGGCGAGGUGGAUGCUCUGCAAGGCAGCGUCAACCGCUCUCACGGCCGCCGCUAA